ACGCCUCUGCCAUGGUCAACGAGCACAACAUUCACCGUUCCAACCACUCCGCUCCCGACCUGUCGUGGGAUACUACUCUUGCAGGAUAUGCCCAGACCAUCGCCGAGGGCUGCGUUUUCGCCCAUGAUAUGACCCAGGGUGGCGGUGGCUACGGCCAGAACCUUGCCAGCUUUGGCUCCACUGGCAACAUCGAUGACCUGCAGAUCGAGUCUGGUCGCCGCGGUGUUACCGAUCAGUGGUACAACGACGAGAUGGAGAACUGGACUUACUACGGCCAGUCCAACCCUCCUUCGGGCUCCAACCUGGAUGCCUGGGGUCACUUCACCCAGGUUGUCUGGAAGUCAUCCACCAAGGUCGGAUGCUACACCGCCAAGUGCCCUGCUGGCACCGUCCUCUCCUUCCCCUCUUGGUACACUGUCUGCAACUACAGCCCCCCAGGAAACUUUGGUGGAGAGUACGCUGAGAACGUUCUCCCUCCCUUGGGCCACCCCACCGUUACUGUCUAAACAGUAGCAGAAACCCCCAUCCGGCACUUGCCACUUUCUCCUGGCCAUGCAGAUUCUAUAGGGACUCGGUCGUAGCAUGACAAUGGCGGUCGGGCUCCGGGAAGGCUGAGAUGUGCGUGGUUAGGGUUUCGGACUAUCGAAACGUUGACGAAUCUUUUUUCGCUUCUCAUUGUAUCUUACGCGAUGUCAUUUUGACAAUCUGGACUUGAUUUCUUCUACUUCUCUUUUCCCCACAAACAUUCGGAGUCAGCUCCCUUGGCUGCUCCCGAUUUCUUCUCAUUAGUCUUCUCGGCUAACUUCAACGUGCAUGGCGUCGUUAUGAUGAGUAUACAGACGGAUCCAGGCUGGUAAGGGGCGCUAUGGGGCUGGCACAAUGCCCGACGGUGUGCUGGAUUUGCAACGGGGGGCAUUUCGAUUCUAUGCGGCUGCGAGACACUAUCGAAACGUGUUGAUGGUGAAUCGUAGCCGCCGACAUUAGGGACUCUCUUCUUGGUUCAUUUUACAUAUGGAGGCACGGCGGUGCUCAUUUUUCUGUGAAUAGACGCAACGACCAUAGACAUUUGCAACGACCGUAGCUGAAUAUGUUUUAUGGCAUGAUAU